CCCUUUGAAUUGGUAUCGACCAGCUGCAGCAGAUCUGUUGGUUCAUAUCUCUUCCUUUCUCGUUUCGCGUGCUGGAAUCAAAGAAGGUGGAGAAGCUAAUAUCAAAGACUUGCUAAUAUGGAGAAGCUCGACGAAGUGACGGCGUCCGUUUUACGGGGUAAAUUAAACUAUUUAAGUAAAAAUAUUAGCUAUGUGAUGCUCAAAGUAGUAUAUAAAUUCAUAUCCAGUAUUUUAGGGGUGUUCGUCGGCUAUUGUACGAGUAAAUUAAUACUUCGGUUUGUCAAAUAAAGUCAAGCUAAUGAGCCCGCGUGACAUGUCGGAGGAGAUGUAAUGUUGGUUCUUUCUAUCGUUAAUGUCACUUUAAUAUUGAUGCAUGAUAAUGAGUUUUUAUGUCUUCACAGAUGCAAACGUACAGGUCCAGGAUUUAACCCGCGAUGACCUCCGUGAUCUGUUCCCAGGACCGGAGAAUUUUCAUAAAAGGAAAGCUAUUUGGCUUGCACUCCACUCUGAGGAUGUGGACCAGCAUCUGGGUGUUCCUGCCCCGUCCACUCCCGUUGCAAGGAGCCAAAGAAAGGAAAAGACCCCUGAAAAAACAUUCACAAUCUUUUCGCCAGAAUAUGUACUCUAUACUGAUAAUGAGUUAGAGAACGUAAGAAACCAGUUUUUCGAUUUGCAAAGGGUCGGCAAAGAGCAGACAUGUUCCAUGUCUAAAGAGCUGCGCUGCAGACUAAUUAGGAACACCAUUACAAGCAUGAUCACCAUACUGCGGGCAAAGGGUGACGAUUCGUGUUCCCACUAUCCCGACAAAAAUGCCAUUACUGUAAUGGCGAAAAGAAUAAUUGGGUAUUACCCGAUGCUGCGGGACAAGGAAAUGAACCAGAAAAACCAAUGGGUCACUGUGUAUGCCCAGUUAUCGAAACGUCUCAGGAACAUCAGAACCCCCGUAAAGAAGGGGAGACGGGGAAAACGACUGUUCAGGUCCGAUGAGGACGACGACUUUGGCAGCAGUGACUCCACAGUCAUACUGGACAGCACCUCCAGCCCUUCCAGCCCUGCGUCGCCCAGCCAUCACAGCCCUGCGCCGCCCAGCCGUCACAGCCCUGCGCCGCCCAGCCGCCACAGCCCGGCGCCGCCCAGCCGCCACAGCCCGGCGCCGCCCAGCCAUCACAGCCCUGCGCCGCCCAGCCGUCAAAGCCCUGCGCCGCCCAGCCGCCAAAGCCCGGCGCCGCCCAGCCGCCAAAGCCCGGCGCCGCCCAGCCGUCACAGCCCGGCGCCGCCCAGCCGUCAAAGCCCUGCGCCGCCCAGCCGCCAAAGCCCGGCGCCGCCCAGCCGCCAAAGCCCGGCGCCGCCCAGCCGUCACAGCCCGGCGCCGCCCAGCCGUCACAGCCCGGCGCCGCCCAGCCGUCAAAGCCCGGCGCCGCCCAGCCGUCAAAGCCCUCCGCCGCCCAGCCGUCAAAGCCCGGCGCCGCCCAGCCGUCAAAGCCCUGCGCCUUCCAGUCCUCGCGCACCCUGCCGUCGCAGCCCUCCGUCACCCAGCCCUCCGGCAAGACGCCGCAAGACAUCCCGGGGGGGGAAAGGGAUCGGCACCAAUGUGGCACAAACUGCUGAAAAAGUCGACAGAGAUAGCCCUGCUGCUCAAGCAAGGCACUACCAGGCCCUGCAGAGUCUCUGGAAGAAGGGCAACCUCCCAAACAAGGAGGUGGUGGCACAGUUGCUUGAUCUGGAGUUUGAGGCCAGGAGGGCCUUCAUUGACUCUGAUGUCCUAAAAGAAGAUAGACAUGACCAGAUCCUGAAAGCGUACCCCUGCUUCAGGGAAAUUGACCAUGUGAUGGAUGAGCUCAGGCGUAUCCUGGACAGAGACAAUCUGAACUUCUUGACUGAGGUGAAGGGAAGGUGGCAGAUGUUUUGCAAUAAGGCCCAGUUUUAUGCCGUGGCGAAAAAAUCCAUCAAGUCGCCUGUGGGAGCAAGCAAAGUUCAACAAGCAAUUGAUUUGCUGAGGGCUUUGCCCGACAUCUUUCCCUCCUCCUCUCUGCCUCCCAAGAAGCUGCCUUCCGCCAGUGAGGCAUUCCUCCACAUCCUUGAGGACAACGAGGAUCCAAACUCAUACCUGCAGAAACGGACCCUCUCCUGUCCAGUCCUCAUCACUGGCCCCUCCAACUGCAUGCUGGCUGUGGGGAACACACCCAUCACAUCAUUCGAAAAAGACUUGCUUUUGGAGGGCAUGCUUUAUGUCCUUGCCCUUUAUUACGCCUUCCACCUCACAUAUCCGAAAUUCACCGCGACUCUUUUCUCAGUUAUCCAAAGUGAGGUUCUUCUAGACGGCGUUCAUAGCCUUGACCAGACUACUGCCUUCAAAAAGGCCCUAAAUGAAUGGAGGUCAUUUUAGCCAGUCUUUUUUUUCGAAUGCUGCUGUGUUUCCCCAGCCCAUGCCAGGUUGUUGUUUUUUUUUUUUUUUUUGUUCACUGGUGUUCUCUUACACUGGUUUUGAAGGAAUCACUGUCCUGAGAAUCAUCAUGAUGAUGAAUGUUGUUUAGUAGUUAUCAGUCUUACUAAUGCGCUUCCUGUUUGGAAGUUGCAUAAUGUUUUCACCCACUUUGGUACACUCCAUAUCAUUGUUUCUUAUUACUUGUUAGCGAGUGCCUGGCGAGCUCCCAGUAGCAAGCACCACACUAUUGGCUCUUUUCCACUGCCAGUUUUCCGGUAGGCUUACAGCUCGAUACAGUGCGACUCGGGCACCACUUUUUGCUUUUCAAGUAGGCACGACACAGCUCAAUCGUAAAGCAAAAAGUGGCAGCCAAGUCGAGUUGUGUCAAGCUGUAGGCCUACCAGAAAACCUGCAGUGGAAAACACAAUCACUGAUUCAUUCUCAAAAAUGUGGCAAAAACAGGUUCCAAGUUCAAAUUCAAAAUGGUGUAUUAUGAUAGACAAAGGUUUUGGCUGUGCAGCCUGUGUGGUCAAGCUCCCCAUGUUUACAUUUUUCAUGAAAAGGCUCUUACUUUCAUAAAGGCUUGUACUUUUUUUUGUGUGUCAGACAAAAUUAGAAGUGAAAAGAUGUGAACUGUGGAAGUAAUUCCUCACUUUAAUAUUCAACACAAUUUUAGAUAGGCCUACACAUUGUAAGCAUGGUCUUAAAAUUUGUCACAAGCAGGUUUUUUUUUUCUUUUGUGAACUCUAUCAGAUGUCACCACCUCCAAAUGCGCCUCAGUGGAGGCUAGAGUAUAAUUUUGGAUCACCAUUAAUACCAACAUGUCUGUUGUGGGCCUUGUGUUAUAGCCACAAUAAAAAAAAGCUUAAUUUGAACUCCUUGACUGUUUUCAAUCGAUUGAUCCCUGAUAUACAUCUUGUUAACAUUGUCUGCCAGUCCCAUCUAAAAAAAAAAUGCUUUGGUGUUUAAAAUGCUUUGAU